GUCUGAAGGUUGAGCAAGGGCACGUUUGGGCUGUUCUCCAACAACAUGGCGGAGAAGGAGACUCAGUCAGUGCAGACCUUUGGCAGGAAGAAAAAUGCUGUCGCAGUGGCAUACGUGAAGAGGGGAACUGGACUGCUGAAGCUCAAUGGGUCUCCUCUGGAGCUCGUGCAGCCCGACACACUGCGGUGGAAGGUGAUGGAGCCAGUGCUGCUCCUGGGCAAGCAGCGCUUUGAGGGCGUGGACAUCCGCAUCCGCGCAUCCGGUGGCGGCCAUGUGUCACAGAUCUACGCAAUCCGACAAGCCAUUGCCAAGGGCCUCGUCGCUUUCUACCAGAAAUAUGUGGACGAGCAGGCAAAGAGGGAGAUCAAGGACAUUCUCCUGACCUACGACAGGACUCUGUUGGUGGCAGACCCCAGGCGCUGCGAACCCAAGAAGUUUGGCGGUCCGGGAGCCCGUGCUCGCUUCCAGAAGUCUUACCGUUAGAAGCAGCUUUUUGGAUGCUUUGGGGAGCCAGGGAUCAACAGCUGGCUGUUCAGAGUAUUUGGAGGCAUGUUGGGCUCUUUCAAGCAUGUACCACUUAUCGCUCAAAACUUCCGGAAAUAUGGCAUUGCUCCUGAAGUGGAUUUGAGAGGGACCUGUGUGUAAUAAAUAGCAGUUCAACGUC